AUGAACGACUGCUCGAGCGUGCGUAAAGACAGCGCUGUUUGGGGAGCCCCCGACGGAGGCGCCAGUGGCAGUACGAAGAGCAACGUUACCGCGAUGUCCACUGCUGGAGAUAAGAACAAGCUGACCAGUGGCAGGCGCAGCGAGCACGGGGAGUGCAUCAGCAGGGAAGAAGCACAAAGGGAGGAAGACCAGUUAGGCGGUGCCAACAAGGGAGGUGAAAACUGUGCAGAGGGGGUGAGCAAUGAAGGUGAAGCUACUCAGAAGGACCAACAUGCAGAGGGGAUGAGCGGUAAAGGUGAAGUCACUCAGGACCCCAAUGCAGAUGGAAUGAACGAUAAAGGUGCACCCCCGCAGGACCCCACUGCAGACGCGGAAAACCUGCACAGGACCCACAUCGACGCACUGCGGAAGCUGAAGUCAAACCCCGAAAUAAAUCUAAAGAGAGGCGAAGAAAUAGUCAAGAACGCCUGCGUGUUCGUUUCGGACGAUCUGACGCUAAAGAGGAAAAAUGAAGCCCCGGCGGAGGAGUUCAUAAGGCGACUCUCCAUGAACGCCUUCCAUUUGUACUUCCCCCCGUACGCCUCCUGCUACAACCAGAUCUCAAUGGCCCUGCUUUACCUCAGCGGAGACGUAGGCGACAUCCUCAUUGGGCUGAAAUACCUGAUAGAGAACCUUAACGAAGUGAACUUCUUAGUGUUGAGCUUCAUUUCGAAGCUGAAGAGGAAAAAAAAAGUGAAGAGCAACCAGGUGGUCCUGCACCUCAUCGAGUUCCUCCUGAACAAGCUUUGCGAAGAAAACUUAAAUUAUAAAUACGGGCGGGAGCACAUGCUAGACUUUCACGACAGCCUCAUGCAUAGCAAGCGGACGUUCUUCGAGUCAGGCCUCGUGAAGGACGCGGUUGACGUGAAGGACCUCCGGCUAAUCUACCUCUACAGGCACGGCGUUCGGAUGAAGAGCGAGAGCAGCUUCGUGAAGGAGGUGCCCCACCCGAGCAGUGACUCGCCCGCCGAGGUGGGGAAGCCCUCCCAAGAAGGCCAGCCAAACAGCGAAGUGAACAAAAGAAACUUUGUCAUUACGAAUAGCGGACAUGAGUUAAAUGUAAAAUGUAAAAAAAAAAAAAAAAAAAAAAAACUGGUGGGAGAAAUCCCCAUCCCGAAUGUACACCUAGGGUUACACUCAUGCUUUAGAGAAAAAUCCAUCUACGAUGUUGGGAGUUGCCAUUUAUUUUUUAUGAAAAGAAAAAUGUGUAAGUACAUUUCCAAGUGUGUUGGGAGGUACAUGAAGGGUCGGAACAGGUGCAGAAAGGGGGACACCGACAUUUGCACCUGCCUCUCCAGCAUCAUUGUGAGCGUGUUCAGCGAUGCUAAACUUCGGGAAAAGGUUAACAUCGCCAAGAAGGAAGUCAAGAGUGUAAAAAACGCGUUGGUAAAAAUUAAAAGGAUAGAAAAUUUGGUGGAGAGGAUGAUUCAGUACGACCCUGAAAAUGUGAUUUGCACGGGGGGGGAGACCCUCCCGGAGAGGGCCAGCCAAGACGCACACAAGAAAGCCGACCAAAGUGACCAAAGCGACGAAAGCGAGGAAAGCAUAAAAACGCACUACUACGAAAACUACGACUUCAAUUUUGUGUUCCUGGGAAGUGUGAGGAAGGGGUCCGACCGGCACAGGGCUUUGCUGUUUAAGCUUCUUUGCGACUCGGUAGACAUCCCCUGCAGGUUUGUCCGCUACGUGAAGGAUCACAAAGUCAAGUACUUUAACCUCGUCUUGGUUCCUUCCCUUCCAGGUUCCUCCUCCACAAAGCAAAACACCCCCGAAUGCAUUAUCCCCAUCUUCUGGGAGGAGAAGACCAAAACGAGGACCAACUCAAGUGCGCAGUCGAAGAUAACCAUUUCGAGCUUCACCAACAAUGUGAAAAUGACCCUUGGGCUCAUUGACCGUUUUUUUUUGAAAAUAUGGGAGGGGAACAACGAAGUCGUAAACCUCGACGAGCACUUCACCUUUGAGAAGAAGUUGGGAGUGGGGGGGUUUGGCGAAGUGUGGGAGGUGUCCCUCAAGGAGGCUGGAGAAGCUCAGAGCUCGUUUUUCUUUCCCACCAUAAAAGACACAAGGCACUUCGCGCUGAAGAUUAUGGACAUGAACGAAUUCAACCUGAACGAGUCCGUAAUUCUGCGGGAGAAGGCGCACACCAACGUCGUGAAGAUUUACUGCGCCUUCAAGGGCUACCAACUGCUGCUGAACAGGCAGCGCCAGGAGGAGAAGAAGGAGUCCCUCUGCUUCCUGCUGCAGCUGGCCGACACAUCGCUGGAAAAGGUCUUCUGCGACCAGGGGGCGACGUACAACUUGAAUUUCGUGCGACUCACCCUGUUGGAGAUAGCCAACGUGAUGUCCUUCAUUCACAAGCCAAAUGCCAAACAAGAAUUUUACAUAUAUCGGGAUUUGAAGCCGGACAAUGUGUUGAUAAAGGAGAAGAAGAUCCUACUGACGGAUUUCAACCUGUCUAGGAAGGUCGACGAAGACUUCGAGUACCUGAUGAGCCAGUGCUGCGGCACGAAGGGGCACUUGGCACCUGAGCAGAAAAGCGUGGCUUACAACAGGACGGUUGACAUUUGGGCCUUUGCAGUUAUAGUGUCCAAAUUUUUAAAGCACAAAAAUUUUCACUAUUUUUCGCAUGGGGGGUACAAGGUGGAUUUGAAGCAUUUCGAGGUUCAGGACAAAUUCCUGAUAAACCUGCUGCUCUCCUGCAUCGACGAGAACCCCUUCAUGCGGCCCACCUUCGGCGAGAUUUCCCGGAUGCUUAUUAACGAAAUUGUGAGGAACGAACUGGAGAGGUACGGGCGGGCCACCCUCUUGAAGACAGCUUGGGAGAAGUAG